AUGUCACACUUGCAGUACUACAGCUACGAAGGCCUCGGCCAAAAGCAGAAACGUGACUUCUGGUACAGCCAAGCCGUCCGCAUUGGCGACCGCAUCGAAUGCGCCGGUCAAGGCGGCUGGGACCCUACGACUGGAGUGUUCCAUCAAGAUAUCAAUGCCCAAAUCGACCAAGCCUUUGCCAAUGUCGAAUUGAACCUGAAGGAUGCCGGUGGCAAGGGCUGGGAGCAAGUGUUCCGGGUGAACUCAUACCACGUCCCGAUCAAUGAUGAGGCUCUCGCCGCAAUGGUGCGCAAUUUCAAGCGCUACAUGCCGAAUCACCAGCCUAUCUGGACAUGUGUUGGAGUGCCACGGCUUGGGGAGGAGGAUAUGAAGGUAGAAAUUGAAGUGGUGGCCCAUGAUCCUUGA